UUCACUAUAUCUACUCCGGGACGGCCCCAUGUCGUAAUUAGGACCAGUGUCCCCCGCUACUUUCCCUCUGGAAUCCUUCCAUCUCCCCCGUGGUGAAAGCUCCAGUGUACAUGUUCGCAGCUUCAUCUUCCUAGUUUCUGUCUCAAUUCCAUUCUUUGUUUGUUCUACUAUAGGCACCAGUUGAACGCUGGUGCUUCUCCCAAGCUUUCCCUGAACAGUCAGUCUUCUGCGCCCCCGAGAAGAAAAAAAAAAUGCCCAGCAGAGAGGAAGUCGCCUACUUCGGUGCAGGCCCAGCGCCUCUGCCCACCUCUGUCGUCGAGGCCGGAGCGAAGGCAUUUGUCAACUACAAUGACACCGGUCUUGGUCUCGCUGAGAUCUCCCAUCGUUCUCCCACAGCAAAUAAAAUCCUGGAGGACGCCAAGAACAGCCUGCGCACCCUGUACGACAUUCCGGACAACUAUGAUAUCCUGUUCAUGCAGGGCGGUGGCAGCGGCCAGUUCAGCGCCGUGGUGCAGAACUUGGUCUCUAUUUAUGUUGAGCGAAGAAGGCGUCAAGCAGAGAAGGACACGACCAUGACAAAUCCGGAUGCAGACAAGCAGACGAUCGCAGAUUUGGUCAAUCUCAAACUCCGCAAGGAGGUCGAGGAAGAUCUCAAGGUCGACUAUAUUGUCACUGGCAGUUGGUCACUGAAGGCUUCACAGGAGGCUGCCAGACUCCUCGGAUCCAAGUAUGUCAACAUUGCUGUGGAUGCCAGAGAGGCCAAUGGCGGAAAGUUUGGCAAGAUCCCGCCGGAAGAUACCUGGAAGCUCACUCCUACGAGGAAAGAGCAAGGCAAAGGCUCGGCGUUUGUCUACUACUGUGACAAUGAGACUGUGGAUGGGGUCGAAUUUCCAGGUUUCCCCAAAUGUCUAGAACCCCAGGGAGGUGGCGAGGAGGACGAAAGGAUGAUCGUGGCAGACUUCAGCUCGAACUUCCUGAGUCGAAAGGUCGAUGUCAGCAAGUACGCCGUGAUCUUCGGCGGUGCUCAGAAAAAUGUAGGUAUUGCUGGAAUAAGCAUCGUGAUUAUUCGCAAGUCUCUGCUGCCUCCUGAGACUGCGUCGCCCCCGCCAUCUCUUCUACACGAUUUCCACGUUGGCGGUCUUCCGGUCCCGAUCGUGCUUGACUAUGGCGUCACCGCCAAGAACAACUCGUUAUACAACACACUCCCCAUCUUCAACUUGUGGGUAGCGGCCGAGGUUAUGGCCGACCUGGUCAGGAAGCACGGAGACAAGAAGAUUGGUGGACAGGAGGAAAUCGCCAACCGCAAGGCUGAGUUGAUAUAUGGAGUCCUGGAUAAGUACCCGCAGGUUUACCAGGUGGUGCCCGACAAGAGCGUCAGAAGCAGAAUGAAUAUAUGCUUCCGCGUCCAUGGGGGUGACGACCAGAAGGAAAAGGAGUUCCUGGCUGGUGCUGAGAAGCGACUGCUUCAGGGUCUGAAGGGUCACCGCAGCGUCGGUGGCAUCAGAGCGAGCAACUACAACGCUGUGCCGCUGGAAAACGUUGAGAGACUGGUGAAGUACCUCGAGGAAUACGCUUCCGGGCAAUAAUUUAUCCAAGGGAUACGAUAUAUCGUUCAACCGGCAAGACAUUAUGUUUCAUGAAGCGAUGGGGGCGUUGGACCGCCUCUGAACGUAUC